CAUCUAGCGCUUGUUUCAGAUAUGGCGCAACUCAAUGCAUAGGAGUGAGAAGGACAAACGGUAUGAUAGACAGUUGAGGCUAUGGGGUGAUCAUGGGCAGUUUGCACUUGAGUAUGCCAAGGUGUGUCUUUUGAGAGCUGAAGGUUUGGGGGCAGAAAUAUUGAAAAAUUUAGUACUUCCAGGCGUCGGUAGCUUCACAAUUAUAGAUGAUUCCUAUGUAACUGAUAAAGAUUUAGGAAGCAAUUUCUUCGUUACAGAAAAUCAUAUCGGAAAGGCAAGGGCACAGGUUGUAACAGAGUCUUUACUGGAGCUAAAUGACGAAGUCAAUGGAAAUUACUUGAUCGAGGAUGUUCGCGAUUUGUUAGAAAAGGACCCUCAAAUUUUCUUGUCCUUUGAUAUUGUUAUCGUAACAGAUGCCAGAGAAAAACUACUCAUUCGUCUCAGUCAGCUUUUGAAUGGUACUUCUAUCACUUUGGUGGUAUGCUUCAGCAUUGGUGUCAUUGGAUAUUUAAGAAUCUGUUCUCCUGAACAUGUGAUAGUCGAGUCACAUCCAGAUUCCUAUUGCCCUGAUCUAAGACUUGAUCGACCAUUUCCUGAUUUCGUUAAAAUGGUAGACGAACAACCGUUAGAAGAAAUGACAUCUGAAAAGCUUUGUCAUACACCGUGGCUCAUAAUUGUUUAUGUUUUUCUGCAGAAGUUUAUUUCUCUACACGGCCAUUUUCCAAGAAAUCAUAAAGAAAAGGCAGAGAUUAAAGAUAUGAUUUCUAAAGGUGCGGUUGAUCUUUGGAGUCAAUUGUGUAAACGUGAGAAUAACCUGGAUUCAUCUUUUGUCUUGGAGAAUUUUCAAGAAGCAUGUCAGGCAGUCAAUACAGCAGUUCUACCGACUACAAUUCCUGAAAAUGUGAAGAAGUUACUCGAGGAUGACCGCUGUAAUGAUCCCUGUCUUACAAAUAUUGGUAUUUCGGGAUCCAGUAAUACAAAUCUAAAGUUUCCUACCAGGAACCACCAACAGUUACACAGAAAGAAUUCUGUUUACACAACUAUUUCACCUGUAAAAUUCUGGCGUCUAGUUCGUGCUCUACGAGAUUUUAUUGAACAUGAAGGUGAGGGACAAUUACCUGUACGUGGUAGUCUACCAGAUAUGAUAUCUGAUUCGAAGCGUUAUUUACAGCUUUUGUCUAUUUAUCGUGAACGUUCUGAAUGGGCGGUGGAACGCCUUGCCUCAAGAUUAUUGCAAUUCCCUGAUAUUUCUGUAGACGACGUACGUCUUUUUGUUAAAAAUGCAAGCUUCUUGAAUGUUGUACGUUGUCGGUCAUUAGAAGAGGAAAUGAAACUUUCACCAGCGCGUUCAGACGAUCUGAAUUUACUCCCAACACACAAAGAAAAUGAUUCCAUGUUGUGGUAUUUAGUUCUUAGAGGUGCUAGUAGUUUUCUGAUGGAAACUGGAAGGUGGCCUGGUAGCUCACAGCCUUAUACUACCACAUUUAAAUUCAGUUCUAACAACCAAAAUCAAAACUCAACUGGAGUUCCAGUGCCACGUGAAGAACAAUUCUCCGCUACAAAUUCUGAACAGUUAGACAUGAACAUCAUUGAAUCUGACUUACCAACGUUACGGAUACACUUAAAUCGUGUUCUCCAGUCGUUUGGGAUUGCAACGAAUCGUGUUAGCACAGAUUAUUUAGAGGAAAUGUGUCAGUUCCGUGGUAAUGAGCUGCAUUCAGUGGUUGCAUUUAUGGGUGGAGUUGUAGCACAAGAAGUUAUCAAGUUAAUCACACACCAGUUUAUCCCAGUAUCGAAGCCGUUGAUCUAUAAUGCUAUUAACCAGAAAAUAGAAUUGUUGGAUUUUUGAUGAACGUUGUUGUUCAUAUAUGAGUUGAGUAUAUGCAUGUUAAAUAAAUGUUGUUUCCCACUUGAAUUACAUUUGUCAUUCAGGUGACCUUUC